AUGUCUUACCAGCAGCAGCAGUGCAAGCAGCCCUGUCAGCCACCUCCUGUGUGCCCACCUAAGUGCCCUGAGCCUUGCCCGCCACCAAAGUGCCUUGAGCCUUGUCCCCCACCUAAGUGCCCUGAGCCGUGCCCACCUCAACUAUGCCAGCAGAAGUGCCCUCCUGUUCAACUGUGCCCACCCUGCCAGCAGAAGUGUCCACCCAAGAGCAAGUAA